AUGAAGCAGAGAUUCUCGUCCCUGGACGUCAAGGUCAUCUCCCAGGAACUGGCCUCGGAGCUGGUCAAUCUGCGAGUAUCAAAUAUCUACGACCUAUCCUCGCGAAUCUUCCUAUUCAAGCUCGCCAAACCCGACCAUCGCAAACAAUUCAUCGUCGACUCCGGAUUCCGAUGCCAUGUGACGCAGUACUCGCGAGCGACCGCUACGGCACCCUCGCAGUUCGUAUCGCGGCUGCGCAAAUUCCUCAAAACCCGUCGCAUCACCUCCAUCAAGCAGAUCGGCACGGACCGGGUCAUCGACAUCUCCUUCAGCGAUGACACCUACCACAUGUUCCUCGAGUUUUUCGCCGGCGGGAACAUCAUCGUCACCGAUCGCGAGUAUAACAUGCUCGCUGUCUUCCGCCAGGUCUCGGCCACUGAGGGCGAGGAGGCCCGCGUCGGUCUGAAGUACACGGUGACAAACAAGCAGAAUUACAACGGCGUGCCGCCGAUCACGAUGGACCGGAUCCGCGACACGGUGGAGAAAGCGAAGGCGCUGUUUGCGCGCGAGGACGGGGCGCCGAAGAAGUCGAAGAAGAAGAACGCCGACGUGCUGCGGAAGGCUCUGUCGCAGGGUUUCCCUGAGUAUCCGCCGCUCUUGCUGGAUCAUGCGUUUGCCGUAAGGGAGAUGGACCCCGCGACGCCGCUGGACCAGGUCUUGCAGGAUGAGGACCUGCUGCGGAAGGUGGAGGCCGUGUUGAGGGAAGCGGAGGGCGAGACGGCCCGGCUGUCGACGCAGCAGAAUCAUCCGGGAUAUAUUGUUGCUCAGCCGGAUACGCGAUCGAAGACACAACAGGGGACCGGGGAAGGUGAGACGCCUUCGGACAAGCCGAGUUUGCUGUACGAGGACUUCCAUCCUUUCAAGCCCCGGCAGUUCGAGAAGAAGCCGGGUGUGACCAUUCUGGAAUUCCCGUCGCUGAAUGCGACGGUGGACGAGUACUUCUCUUCGAUUGAGACGCAGAAACUGGAGUCGCGGCUUACGGAACGCGAAGAAACGGCGAGACGAAAGCUUGAGGCAGUGCGACAGGAGCACGAGAAACGAAUCGGUGCGCUGAAGAACACGCAGGAACUGCAUAUUCGCAAAGCAGGUGCCAUCGAGGACAAUGUCUACCGGGUUCAAGAGGCGAUGGAUGCCGUAAAUGGCUUGAUUGCACAGGGUAUGGACUGGGUGGAAAUCGCACGCUUGAUCGAGAUGGAACAGGGCCGAGGCAACCCCGUCGCGCAAAUCAUCAAGUUGCCCUUGAAGUUGCACGAGAAUACAAUUACCUUGCUCUUGGGGGAAUCCGGAGAGGAACAGGAGGAAGAAAACGGACUCUUCUCCAGCGACGAGUCCGAAUCGGACGAGGAAGACGCAGAGGCCCAGACUGCACGCUCUACACCGGAACACCUGACCAUUGACAUUGACCUCGGUCUUUCGCCGUGGGCAAAUGCCACGCAGUACUAUGACCAGAAGAAAAUGGCCGCGGUGAAAGAACAGAGGACGACGCAGUCAUCGGAGAAGGCUUUGAAGAGCCAUGAGAAGAAGGUUAACCAGGACCUCAAGAAGGGUCUCAAGCAGGAGAAACAGGUCCUGCAUAUGGCCCGAAAGCCCUUCUGGUUUGAGAAGUUCCUCUUCUUCAUUUCAUCCGAGGGAUACCUGGUCUUGGGUGGGCGCGAUGCCAUGCAGAGCGAGAUUCUCUACCGCCGCCAUCUGAAGAAAGGCGAUAUCUUCGUCAACGCCGACCUCGACGGUGCCAGGCCCAUGAUCGUCAAGAACAGAUCGACUGCCUCGAACUCUCCCAUUCCACCCAGCACUCUGUCCCAAGCGGGAAACCUCUGUGUUGCCACGUCCAAUGCUUGGGAAUCCAAAGCUGUCAUGUCUGCAUACUGGGCCCAUGCGAGCCAAGUCACUAAGACCGCUGAAGCUGGCGGUCUGCUCCCGACGGGUGAAUUCUUGGUGAAGGGAGAGAAGAACUUCCUUGCGCCAUCCCAGCUUGUACUAGGCUUUGCGGUCAUGUUCCAGGUCAGCAAAGAGAGUCUUCGGAACCACAAAUUAGCCAUUUUUGAUGAGACUGCUUCUGCCGAAUUGGCCGCCGGUGAAAAUGGGGAGACCCAGGCAGCAGAGGAAGCCCAGCAGACAGAGCAGACGCAACAUGCAGAAGAGGAGGUUAAACCCUCCGAAACCUCAAACGAGCUGGAGAAAGAACCAGAAGACGAUCAAAGUUCUGAAGAGGACGACGAACCCGAACACAAUGACAGUGUGCCUGCUCGGAACCCGCUACAGCGAGGCCCGUCUGAAUCUCCUGUCGAGAACAUUGCGGAGGAUGCUGAAGGUGCCGAGCUGGAUGACGAUAAUGACCUGAAAGUAACAGAAGAUCUUGAUGACAUCGCGGAGAAAGGAGAGGGAGAAGAGGAGAGAGAAGAAGCACCCACAGAAAACCUGGAAGCCUUCAAUGGCGGAAGGUCUCAAGAUACGAAGCACCUCUCUGCCCGGGAACGGCGCCAACUGCGACAAGGCAAGCCCAUCGAGUCAGCCGAGCCCAUUCCCAAGAAAGAAAAACAGCCGGUGACUCGAGGUAAGAAGGCCAAGGCAAAGAAGGCCGCAGCCAAAUACGCCGACCAGGACGACGAAGAGCGAGAAUUGGCUCUGCGCCUUCUCGGUGCUAACAAGGCGAAGGCUGAAAAGGCCGCCGCGGCCGCCGAGGCCAAGGAGAAGCGGGACCGAGAAGUCGAGGCGCAGAAGAAGCGCCGCAAGGCCCAGCACGAUCGCGCCGCCGAGGCCGAAAAGCGACGACAAGCCAUGUUUGAGGAGGGCGCUGGGGACGACUACGAUGAGGAAACGGCCGCUGCUGAGGCCGCGGAUCUUGACUGGAUUCCGGCGCUGGUGGGAACGCCUCACCCUGACGACGAGAUCCUUGCAGCCAUCGCUGUGUGCGCUCCGUGGGCGUCACUUGGUCGGUACAAGUACAAGACUAAGCUACAGCCGGGUUCGGUCAAGAAGGGGAAGGCCGUCAAGGAGAUUCUCGGCCGAUGGAUCUCCGAGACAACUACUGGAAAGGUCAAGAAGGAGCAUGCUGAGGAUGCAGGCAUCCCCAGAGUCAUUGCAGAGAAGAUUCGGACUCGGGAAGGAGAACUUCUCAAGACCUGGAAAGACACGGAGAUCAUCAACACGAUUCCUGUUGGCAAAGUACGAAUCAUGACCGGAGGCAGUGGAGGUGGAGGUGGAGAUGCAAAGGGGAAGAGCAAAGGUGGCGGCGGUGGUAGUAAAGGAGGCAAAGGGGGCAAGAAGAAAUAG